GAGGCGCUGCGCUCCGCCGAGGAGCCCCGGGCCCCCGACUCCGACGGCGUCUCAGACGCCUUGGACGCGGACCCCGAGGUGGGGCCCCAGUGCCCGACUCCCGCUGCGGAGGUGAGCGGACGCCUAGGCAGAGGAGAAGGGAGAGUGGGGGGCGCCGGCCGCCAAGGGCAGUUGAGGAAGAAAUGGCCGGUCCUAAUCAACUCUGCAUUCGCCGCUGGACUACUAAGCAUGUAGCUGUGUGGCUAAAAGAUGAAGGCUUUUUUGAAUACGUGGACAUUUUAUGCAACAAGCACCGACUUGAUGGAAUCACAUUGCUAACAUUGACUGAGUACGAUCUUCGAUCUCCUCCUCUGGAGAUCAAAGUCCUAGGGGACAUUAAAAGGUUAAUGCUGUCAGUCAGAAAAUUGCAGAAAAUACAUAUUGAUGUCUUAGAAGAGAUGGGCUAUAAUAGUGACAGUCCCAUGGGUUCUAUGACCCCAUUCAUCAGUGCUCUUCAGAGUACAGACUGGCUCUGUAAUGGAGAGCCUUCCCAAGACUGUGACGGACCCAUCACUGACUUGAAUUCUGAUCCAUACCAGUACAUGAAUGGCAAAAACAAGCACUCUAUUCGAAGAUUGGAUCCAGAGUACUGGAAGACCAUACUGAGUUGUAUAUAUGUUUUUAUAGUAUUCGGGUUUACAUCUUUCAUUAUGGUCAUAGUCCAUGAGCGAGUGCCUGACAUGCAGACCUACCCACCGCUCCCAGAUAUAUUCUUAGACAGCGUUCCUAGAAUUCCAUGGGCCUUUGCCAUGACUGAAGUAUGUGGCAUGAUUCUGUGUUACAUUUGGCUUCUGGUCCUCCUUCUUCACAAGCACAGGUCAAUUCUUCUUCGAAGGCUCUGUAGUCUGAUGGGCACUGUAUUCUUGCUUCGCUGCUUUACCAUGUUUGUGACCUCCCUCUCCGUGCCAGGACAGCACCUGCAGUGUACUGGAAAGAUAUAUGGCAGUGUAUGGGAGAAAUUACACCGGGCCUUUGCCAUUUGGAGUGGCUUUGGUAUGACCUUGACUGGCGUGCAUACUUGUGGAGACUACAUGUUCAGUGGCCACACUGUUGUCCUAACAAUGCUGAAUUUCUUUGUCACAGAAUAUACACCAAGAAGCUGGAAUUUCUUGCAUACUUUAUCCUGGGUUCUCAACCUCUUUGGAAUCUUCUUCAUCUUGGCUGCCCACGAACAUUAUUCAAUUGAUGUGUUUAUUGCCUUUUAUAUAACAACAAGACUCUUUUUGUAUUACCAUACUCUGGCGAAUACCAGAGCUUAUCAGCAGAGUAGGAGAGCAAGAAUUUGGUUUCCCAUGUUUUCUUUUUUUGAAUGCAAUGUUAAUGGCACAGUACCUAAUGAAUAUUGUUGGCCAUUUUCAAAACCAGCAAUAAUGAAAAGACUAAUUGGAUGAAGACUGUAUCUUCUUUGUAAUGAGUUCAUGGUUAAAUACAUAGUAGUUGUUGAAAAUG